AUGGAUAACAAUAGUCAUACACCCAAUAUUCAUACACCCAAGAGGAAAUUAUCUGAAACUUCACCGGAAAAGAAACAAACUAUUAAAAAAAUGAAUAUUGAAACAACAGACCUUAUUUCCAUUAUUAAAAACACUAUAAAUUCCAACCUCGAUGAAAAACUAAAAAAUCUUCCAACAAAGGACGAUAUCGAAGAGAUUAGGAAAGAGAUUACCUCGGUUAGUACACUGAUAAAUUCACUGCAAAAUGAAAACCUCGAGCUUAAACAAAAGCUAGACGAAGUUACUAGAGAAAAUAAUGAAGUUAAAAGACAAAUAAACUGGUUAAAAUCUCAAAUCAAAUGUACUAAAUUAUUUAUAAGGGGUCUCCCCACAAAUAAAUCAAUUUAUAAAGCAGUACAAAAUUUAAUACAAAAUGACAUGGGGAUCAAACUAAAAAUAGUAAAUGUAAGAAAGAUCUAUGAACGAUAUAAUAUGAUGUCUGCUUUAGUCGAAUUAGAAAAUCAAGAAGCAGUUAAUGAAGUGCUGAGGAACACGAAAAAAUUAGCUAAUACAAGAAUAACUAUUGAGAGAGAUAUGGAGCCAAUAAAACAACAAAAGAAGAAAAAACUUUUGGAUAUUAAACGGAAGCUUCUAGCAAUAAACAAAGACCAUAAAAUUGUUGCAAAUAUGAUGGAAUUGAUGAACUGGAAAAAAUAUAUGGCGAACAAAUUAAAGAGCUGACAAUUCAUCUAAGCGGGAAUCUAA